GUUUAAAAAAGAAAAUGGCUUCCGUUGCAGACAAUGUAGAAAUUAAAUAAUUGUUGGAAUUUUUGUUGGAUUUUUAACAGAUUGUGCAACUCAAUAAGAUGAAUUCUAUUUCAAACCGAGGGAUGAGUGAUGUCUUAGAUGAUUUUGUGGGUUUAGAUGUUUUUGACGAAGAAUGUACAUCAUCUAAACGUCCGACAUGCGAUCGAUGCAAGUAUGUUAAUUUUAAGUAUUUAAUGGCCAGCAGAGUCUGAUGCACUUAUUAAAUUAUUAUUAAGUCUAAGUCAUUCACUUACACUUGAUACUCAGUGAAACUGAUUAAUUAAUCUGAAUAUGUACUUUUUGCGUGAUCAUUCUUGUCCUGUUGUGUGUUAGUGUUACUGAUAAGUUAUUGCUUCCUAAAGCUAAAGACAAAGACGAAAGUCUAGUUCAGUUGUUACAACUACAUGACAAACAAAUCAUUCAUACAUGUUACAGUUACAUGAUGGUACAUUUUAUGAAUGUUAAAUUUAAAUGCAUUUUUUUUAAAAAUAUGAUUCAUAUUAUAUUCAUUCAUUUUAUAAUUUAUUGGAUCAGACUUUGACAUUCAGUGACACUGACAUCUCAUACUCAUUGGUUGUUGUUAUUAAAGUAUAGCCUACUUUUUUAAAAUUUUAUAAUUUAUUGAUUAUUGAAACUGAUUCCCUAGAGUUGCACCAGAACGAUUUACUGGGUUAGAAUGAUGUCCUUUCCCAUCUAUCACGGAGUGCCUGAGAGCUAUUUUUGCCAAAAAAUAAUCAUAAUCUGACAACAGAUAGUUAAUACGAAAUAAAUUUAAAUGACACUUUCCAUUCAGUUUUGAUUAAAAUUCAACUUAUGAGGUUCAAUAGAAAUAAAAAUAGAAACUAAUCAUUGCUGAUACCCAAAGAUGAACACCAAAAAAAAAAAGACAAGCACAUAGCAUGGUUAAAAGUGCUGUUUUUAUAUUGGUUGAAAACAAAGUACCUGUAUCCACUAUCCCUGUUGCGUUACAGCCCAUGUAGGGCUUUGGCCUGCCUGACUACUUCCUUUCACUCAGACGUAGCUAAGGCUUUACUUUUCCAUGCUUGGAUUACCAGUUGUUGAAGAUCUUUUUCCAUAUCAUCCAUCCAUCAAAGCCUAGGUCUGCCUUUUAGUCGUUUUCCUCUGGGGAUUUGAUAUCCAUUUAUCGGUAUAUAAUGUCACAAUCUAACGGGACAUUUCAACAUUUCUGGGAAUGGGUGACCUCUCUCCCAAAUUUCAUUUUAAAAAAAUAAGAAACAAAAAAAUUUCUAGGGAGAGGAGACCCCAGAAUAUGAUAUACAUGUGAGAAUCACUGUAAGCACAAAAUUUAAUUGAUUUUUUAUUUUAGUAACUUAUAUCAUAUAGCAAUACAGGACACCAGCAUUGUAAAUUGAAAAUAUUGGUUAAUAAUUAAAUUUCUAAAAUGAUAGCGGACAAUUUUUAAAAUUAAAUUCGCCUAAACAUUUAUUUUACGUCUUUGGGCUUGGCCUACUGCUACUACAGUUACAUUGGGCUACGCUGGCUACAUACCUUAUCUGGCUACAUACCUUAUCAUCCAAUAUUUGUUACAAUUCACUUAUAUUUAUUGACCGUUGUAUUAUUGUGCAUCUAUAGGACUUAUCAUUAUUACAAAGGCGUAUAGGAUUAGUUAUGACUAGGCCGAUUAUAGGAUAUUUUUAAAGCCUAGGCCUACUUACUUAUCCAGUUGACCUAUACACAUAGGCAUAGGCCUACUGAACCUUAUAGCAGUAUGUAGGCCUAGUAAUGGUAGUGUGACUAGUGUACUGUGAUGUCUGACUUAGACUAAAAGUCUUGUUGAAAACACCCAAAUAAUGUUUGGCUAACAAAAUGUAUCAUUUAGGUUUCGAUUUAGGUUUAGGCCUAUUCGAUACCAAUAUUUAUAAAAUAUAUAAUUUGAAAAACUAUGCCUGCUCUUGUUCUUUGUUUAAUUCCAAUUGCAGUACUAAUUUUGGUUAAAAUUGGGAACUUGCCAAUGAUUAGGCAGACGUUUGCUCCAUGGCUACCAUUUUUUGAAAAUUGAUUUAUUUCAUGGUUUAAGAGAGCAUAUCAGUGAUCAGGGUUGAUUAUAUGAAUUAGAUAUUUUCAUUGUUCUGAAGGGCUCACUGAACAAUGUUUGUAUAUUAGGUCUAUUUUUGUUUAGGUCAAAUAAUUAAUAUUCCUAAAUGCUGACACACACUUUUCAACUCAUUUCAGUCAUAAUACUGACACAUACUGUUCAACUCAUAUCAUUCAUGGUUCAUAUGCUUUGAGAUUUCUGCAUUAAAUCAAACUGUCACAAUCACAUUGUCUUGUAAAUCAUACCAGAGGCGUAGUGGUCUAAUAGUGACUAAUACUUUAUUACACACGAUCACAAUAAUUAUAAUAGUCAAUAUGAACAUACUAAAUCCAAAAACACUUGGAAUGUAUCAUGCGUAUUUCAAUACUAGCUUCUCGGUAAAUUUCUUUACUUGAUUAAGUGUUAACACACUGUAAAUCUUAAUUUAAACAUAAACGUUUCUGUUCAAUCUUCUUACAUAAAUAUUGUAGAUUAACUGCCGUAUCAUUCAAGCAAGCUCCAUUUUGUUUCCGUCCUUGCUCUCUUCUGAUUAGCCAGUUUUCUCUAAGUCCCCAUACUCUGUAUAUUCCAUAAGUAAUCACUCCCAAAUUACUUGAGUAAAACAGAGUAGGGUUAAACCUGAAAAAAGAAACGCAACAAAACAACGAACGUUUCGGCAGAAAGCCUUCGUCAGUGAACAAAACAACAGAAAAAAACGGUAUAAAAAUAAGAAAUAUCACUUAGCUUUGACAUAGUAUCCAUGAGCAGCAAGAGAAAUGUGACAGAAAGUAAGUGAGGGAGAGAUUAAAUAGGAAAGAGCGAAAGAAAAGAGGAGAAAAAAGUCCACUGCGAUAGGUCAGGACGUUGAGGGGCGGAGCAAGGGUCAAGCUGUGAAAAGAGACAUGACAUUAUCCCAUGUGGUGUCAAAGUACCAUAAGUCAGGAUAACCUGAUUGCAGUCUCUCCCCUAAUUACCCUCCCAAAUUACUUAUUUCCCAUAUAUUCAUAUCUGUGACACAAACAUCCAUGUUGGUUUUAGUAGAUAUGUCCAACACAAAAUAAACUAUUUAUAAUAAAGUAAGACCAUGUCAUUUAUUUAAGUUUUAUUCCAAUUGUAGGAGACCACUCACUGUUUGCUGGUGUCCAUUUCUUCCACACAAGCCAUUGGCAAUAGCAACAAAUUUGUACAUUUUACAGCACCCCUAUGAGGUAAAGUCUACUGUAACUGUGCCAUUGAGACUAGUAUGAAAACACCAAGUACCACUACACAAUGCACGCUAGUAUGAAAACACCGAGCACCACUACACAAUGCAGGCUAGUAUGAAAAUACUGAGCACCUCUACACAAUGCACACUAGUAUGAAAACACUGAGUACCACUACAAUGCACUUCAUCAUUUUAUUUAACAUUUUAAUUUUAAAAACUCUGCCAUUAAUUUACUUAACCAUGUCUGAUUGUAACUCAAGUACAUAAAUUGUUAAAUAUAGGAAUCCCGAUGUCUGCGUACAGUUCCUAUUUUACAGAACAGCAUUGUUCCAGAAAAAUGCCAAGUUAUAAGAGGGAAACGAUUUUCUCAAUCAAGGUAAUUAAAUAAUAUAAGUAUUGUACUCAAAUUGUAAUACUUUCUUUGAGAGUUGGACUCAAAUCAUAACACUAUCUGUGAGAAUUGGACUCAAAUCUUAACACUUUCUGUUACUAUAACAAGGUUGCUUUGUUAUUCUUAAUUAAUAAAAAUCACUAUAUAUGAAACUUAGCUUACAGAAAAAACAACAUAUGCACAUACAGAUAUGUUUUCCCCCCAGAAUAAAUGUUUCAUUUCAGUAAUCUGUAAGUAGUAAAUUCUUUUUGACAAAACCACGUUGAUGUUUUAAAUCAAGACUAUUACAGAAUCAUGAUACCUAUAUUUAUUAAUGUGUGUUGCUCAUCAAUAACUAUAUUUCCAGAUUCCCAGAGUUAAUUUCUGUGUUUGAUUCAUCAAAUACCCUGUUAUUAUACCCAGGAGAUGAUGCUGUGGAUAUAUCUGAGGUACCCACUGAGGUCAGCUACAAUUUGGUGUUUCUUGAUGGUACAUGGGCACAAGCUAAGGGCAUCUAUUCACAAAAUCCAAUUUUGAAAACUUUAAAAAAAGUGAGCAGAGAAUAGCUGAGAUUAUGCUAUCAUAUAAUUGUGUUGUCAGUUGUGCUGAAUGAUGUAAUCAUAUAAUUGUGUUGUCAGUUGUGUUGAAUGAUGUAAUCAUAUAAUUGUGUUGAAUGAUGUAAUCAUAUAAUUGUGUUGAAUGAUGUAAUCAUAUAAUUGUGUUGAAUGAUGUAAUCAUAUAAUUGUGUUGUCAGUUGUGCUGAAUGAUGUAAUCAUAUAAUUGUGUUUUCAGUUGUGUUGAAUGAUGUAAUCAUAUAAUUGUGUUGAAUGAUGUAAUCAUAUAAUUGUGUUGAAUGAUGUAAUCAUAUAAUUGUGUUGUCAGUUGUGCUGAAUGAUGUAAUCAUAUAAUUGUGUUUUCAGUUGUGUUGAAUGAUGUAAUCAUAUAAUUGUGUUGAAUGAUGUAAUCAUAUAAUUGUGUUGUCAUUUGUGCUGAAUGAUGUAAUCAUAUAAUUGUGUUUUCAGUUGUGCUGACUGAUGUAAUCAUAUAAUUGUGUUGUCAGUUGUGUUGAAUGAUGUAAUCAUAUAAUUGUGUUAUCAGUUGUGUUGAAUGAUGUAAUCAUAUAAUUGUGUUGUCAGUUGUGUUGAAUGAUGUAAUCAUAUAAUUGUGUUGUCAGUUGUGUUGAAUGAUGUAAUCAUACAAUUGUGUUGCCAGUUGUGUUCAAUGAUGUAAUCAUAUAAUUGUUUUGUCAGUUGUGCCUAUGAUGUAAUCAUAUAAAUUGUUUUGUCAGUUGUGCCUAUGAUGCAAUCAUAUAAAUUGUUUAGUCAGUUGUGUAUUGGGUAACUUGUAAUGCUAUUGAUGUAUUUCUCCAAUGAAUAAGAUAUUCUGUUUUCCCCUUCACCAUGACAGGUACAAAUAAAAGUUGAACAAAAAAGCAAAUAUGUGAUACGCACCCAACCCAGUGAUCUAUCCUUAUCUACAUUAGAGACGGCUGCCAUCGCCAUUGCAGCAUUAGAAUGUAGGCCUGAAAUCUAUGAGGUGAGCUAAACGUCAACUAUUUAGUUCAUCAAAUUGCUUUUUUUCAAGACAAGUAGGUGUUGAGAUUGUUUACAGUAGACAGUCAAGUAGAGUAGUUAUGAGAUUGUUAACACAAGACAGUAAGUAGUGUGGGUAUUAGAUUCUUUACACAAGACAGACAAGUAGUGUGGGUAUUAGAUUGUUUACACAAGACAGACAAGUAGUGUGUGUAUUAGAUUGUUUACACAAGACAGACAAGUAGUGUAGGUAUUAGAUUGUUUACACAAGACAGACAAGUAGUGUGGGUAUUAGAUUCUUUACACAAGACAGACAAGUAGUGUGGGUAUUAGAUUGUUUACACAAGACAGACAAGUAGUGUGUGUAUUAGAUUGUUUACACAAGACAGACAAGUAGUGUGGGUAUUAGAUUGUUUACACAAGACAGACAAGUAGUGUGGGUAUUAGAUUGUUUACACAAGACAGACAAGUAGUGUGGGAAUUAGAUUGUUUACACAAGACAGUAAGUAGUGUAGGUAUUAGUUUCUUUAAUGAAAACACUUUGCUGUUAAAGUUGAAACUUUGUAAAUUUAGAGAUUUCAUUGGUGAUAUAAAAAAAAACAUGCCAAUAAAAACAGCUUGAUUUUUCUAAGAGAGAAUUUUUGGCAGUCAAAUUCGUUUUUUAUUACUUUUCAUCAGUAGUAGUUUAUAUUAAAUAAUCUAGAACUGUUUAUGUGCUAAUUUCUGUCUUAUCUUGUUGAACUGUUUACAUGCUGAUAUGUGUCUCAACAUGGUUAACUUUUUAUAUGCUGAUAUGUGUGUCAACUUGGUGAACUGUGUAUGUGUGAAAUCUGUCUUAAAUUGGUGAACUGUUUAUGUGCUGAUAUGUGUGUCAUCUUGGUGACAAUAUUCUCAAUUUAACUUGUUUAUUUCAAAGACUUGUUGAACAUUAAGAUUUGUUGCUACUAGCAUUGCUGUAUUAUCUGUCAGAUCCUAAGCCAUCCCCUUGUGGCUUUGUGCAACUUCCAACUGCAGCACGGGGCGGCAGAGCAUCAAAGUAAAGAAUACAGGGUGGAACACGGUCUGUGGACUAAACCUUUACCUCGGUCGGUACAGAAGAGACUGGCACAGAAAUGGGCGAAAGAGAAAGAGUCUUGUAUAUAACACUGGCUGUAGAAUAAGUGCUUUUGUAUUCAGUCAAGUAAAUCUUGUGCUUAAUUCAUUAAAAAAAUUGAUUAUAAAAGCAUAUUUAUAAAAUGUUUGCGAUAUGUUUUGGGUACCUCUGUCAUUAUGUUUGUCUGACCAUUUCUGAACAUUGCUACCAAGUUGCUUUAUUCUUUAAUGGCAUGUGUCAAAUGUGUUCAUCAAAUAUUAGUCCAUCAAAUCUCUCUCUUGUAAAAUGAACUGACAUGUAUUUGUGUUCUACUGUCCUGUCAUUUUCUAUGGUUCUGUCAUGUUCUACUCUCUUUGAUGUUCACUGUACAGUGAUGCAAUGGCAUAGCUAGGGAUUUGGGGGGCUAGGCCUCUUUAUGGGCCCCUGCAUUUUGACAUUCAACAUUAUUUAAUGUAAAAAAAAUAAAUUCGGACACUCCUUUGGAGGCCCCCCUCAAGUAGUGGCCCAGGGGGGGACUUUCUAAUUUGGCCCCCUCCCCUAGCUACACCACUGCUGUGAUGUUCUACUGUGCUGUGGUGUUCUACUGUGCUGUGGUGUUCUACUGUACUGUGGUGUUCUACUGUACUGUGGUGUUCUACUGUACUGUGGUGUUCUACUGUACUGUGGUGGUCUACUGUACUGUGAUGUUCUACUGUACUGUGAUGUUCUACUGUACUGUGAUGUUCUACUGU